UCAAUGUUGCGCAGCUGAACCAUCAUAAAAAAAUUGAUCAAUUCGACUAAACAGUUGCUUUUAAAUAAUUAGAUUACAAACAAUUGGUUUACAAAUAUGGAACCUAAUCCGAGUGAGAUGUUAUCAAAUUCGAUGGAAUGGAAACGACCGGAUGAAAUAAUUCGACUGCAGCGGCUAAAACUAAAGCAAAAAGCACUGCAAGCACGAAUGCAAAAAUUUGGGGACAGAUGCAGGACACGAUCAACAACAUCCGUGGAAAGGGAGCUGGACCCGUUUGCAGCAAACCAGAAACGGAAAAACCCAUUCUCAAGAAAUGCAGAUAACGUAGCUAAAAAGCAAAAACAGUCAGAACUAGAACCAGUAAACGAGGAUAGCGUUUUUGAACUUUUAAGCAAAUCAACCCCAAAAGAAGUUCCUGUCCUAGAAGCGCCAGUAGCAACACCUGCCGUACAACGAUUUUUUAUAAACCCUCAGCAACAGUUAGUGGACAGCACAAGUCCUCUAGUUACCGAACAGCACCAGCAGAUACCAUCGAGGCAUCUUCCAAUUCAUUGGAGUAUCAAAAGCCGGUUACGAAUAGUUUGUAAAUCGCAAAUUCCGGGGAACAACCUUCGUACAAAUCAGGAAGCCAGCGGACUAACGUCGUUUGUCAGAUGCAUUGGAAUUAAAGACUCAUCACCCAGCUUAGAUAUCUCACCUGGAGCAAGGUUCUAUCAGAGUACCUUAUACUGGCAGCAUCCUCAUCUACCGUGGUUGACGUUAUUCCCGCGAAACGCAAAGGCUAACAACGCAACGGUACUUGGUGACGUCGAGCGUACUGCUCUGGCCAAAGAAUGGGAAGUCAGUUUCAGAAAUUUAUUUCAGCUGCUCCGUGCUCGUCAGUGUCCGUAUUUUUAUGUCUGCGCCAAUAGUUUUACUGUGCUGUUCCGAGCAGCUGGUAUCGGAGGUCGAGUAGAGACACACGCUUUGCUUACUCCUACUUCCCGUGGUAUGCGUGCGGUCUUAAAACAGGAAAAAAUUGAGUUUGCAAUGCCGCUUAAAACACCCUUGGACAAUAAACAGGAAUUAAAUCAAUCUGGAGAAGUAUCACCAACCAAAAUCCACAAUGGAAGCUUUUCAAAUUCCUCGGAAGAUCAAUCGACGGUUACUCAGGCCGAGGAAGAUCAUGACGACGAAGACUCCGACGACAUGGAAGAAGAAAAAUGGUUAGCAAGUCUCGGUGUAGAAGCAGAGGAAAUAAAAAGGAUCAAUUAUAACCAAAAACAAAAACAACAAAAUAAGGAGUGUGACGAUGAUUACAGCGAUCAAUCAACAGUGCUUAUCGAAGGGAUAGAAUGUCAGGCAUUUUUCAAUUUCUUGUUAAAUGCCAAAAGCACAACCACUCGGGUUGGGCGUUUAGCGGGAGUACCGCCGACCCUGUUAGCACCAGUAUCUUUUGUAGGAGCAAGUCUACGAUCCCUAACGACCCGUUCAAGCAAAAUUCGUCAAAUGGGCGAAGAUUACCACAGCACUGAACUGCAAGGAGUCAUCUUGCCCCACGUUUUACCGUAUCUAUGUGAGCUACUUACUGAAUCGAAAGAUAAAUUCAGUGGCACUCUAGUGAGUGUUCCGAACACAAAAGCAUUUUGCAAAGUUUCGCAAAGAAUAAUAGACGAUGCAGACAAAGAGAACGAAACGACUGCGAGUGGUGAUCAGGUUCUGUGGAAGGAAAAUCUUUCAGACAGUGGCCUUUCCGAUCAUAUUUUGGAGGCCAUGUGUCGAGCAAAUAAAGAUUCUGUCUUCGAUAUGGAACGGUUUAUCUAUGCUAAAGAUACUGGCGGUUACACAUGGAGCUAACAAAUUAAGAACCCUAGUGGCAUAAGUUUAGUGAUGGUUUAAUUAUUUUAAUUCUGUUUUAAUAAAUUGCCUUUGGAAGCAAAUUUU